ACUUCCGGUGUGGUCUCUCUUUAUAGUUCGUAAAGUUUUGGGGUAUGAGAGCAACUAAGGUUCCGGCUGCGAUCGUGUUUAAGACUUCCAAUUCCCAUUUGUACUUGGGUGAAGUUAGAGCCGAAAGGAAGGGUUAGAGUCAAACAAUUUAACGCAGAUAUCUGAGAACGACUUGGCGCUGUGCAAGACACCCUAGGACUUGUAGUUUCACUACAGAGAACAGACUCACCGCAACUGACAGCUGCCGGAAGUGAGGCUGUGCGGAACGGCCGCCGCUGCCACCAUGGCUGCAGCGGCACGGGAUCUGGUAUUGAGGUCCGGGGCCUCAGAUAUGGAGGAGGAGGAGGGCUCGCUGGGCGGUGGUCCUGGUCUUCAGGAGCCAUUGCAACUUGGAGAGUUGGACAUCACCUCUGAUGAAUUUAUCCUGGAUGAAGUGGAUGUUCACAUUCAGGCAAAUCUGGAGGAUGAGUUAGUAAAGGAAGCUCUUAAAACGGGUGUGGAUCUCCGUCACUAUUCAAAACAGGUUGAGCUGGAGCUACAGCAGAUUGAGCAGAAAUCUAUUCGGGAUUAUAUCCAAGAGAGUGAGAACAUAGCAUCUCUGCACAACCAAAUCACAGCCUGUGAUGCUGUCCUUGAGCGCAUGGAGCAGAUGUUGGGAGCUUUUCAGAGUGACCUCAGCUCCAUCAGUUCUGAGAUCCGGACACUGCAGGAACAGUCAGGAGCUAUGAACAUUCGGCUUCGAAACCGCCAGGCAGUUCGGGGGAAACUUGGGGAACUUGUUGAUGGUCUGGUAGUGCCCUCUGCUCUGGUCACGGCAAUUCUGGAGGCGCCAGUGACAGAGCCCAGGUUUUUGGAACAGCUGCAGGAACUGGAUGCCAAGGCAGCUGCAGUCCGAGAACAGGAGGCUAGAGGCACAGCAGCCUGUGCAGACGUCAGAGGUGUGCUCGACCGGCUCCGGGUCAAGGCAGUGACGAAGAUCCGAGAAUUCAUCCUUCAGAAGAUUUAUUCCUUCAGAAAACCAAUGACCAACUAUCAGAUCCCUCAGACGGCCCUGCUGAAAUACAGGUUUUUCUAUCAGUUCCUACUGGGUAAUGAAAGAGCAACAGCAAAAGAGAUCAGGGAUGAGUAUGUGGAGACGCUGAGCAAGAUCUACUUGUCUUACUACCGCUCUUACCUGGGGCGACUCAUGAAGGUGCAGUAUGAGGAAGUCGCUGAGAAGGAUGAUCUGAUGGGCAUGGAAGAUACAGCAAAGAAAGGAUUCUUUUCGAAGCCAUCCCUGCGCAGUAGAAACACCAUCUUCACCUUGGGGACCCGUGGCUCUGUCAUUUCCCCCACUGAACUGGAGGCUCCCAUCCUGGUGCCCCACACUGCCCAGCGGGGAGAACAGAGGUAUCCAUUUGAGGCACUCUUCCGCAGCCAGCACUAUGCCCUUCUAGACAAUUCCUGCCGGGAGUAUCUUUUCAUCUGUGAAUUCUUUGUCGUGUCUGGUCCUGCUGCGCAUGACCUCUUCCAUGCCGUCAUGGGCCGUACGCUCAGCAUGACCCUGAAGCACCUGGAGUCCUAUCUCACUGACUGCUAUGAUGCCAUUGCUGUUUUUCUGUGUAUUCAUAUCGUCCUUCGAUUCCGCAACAUUGCAGCAAAGAGGGAUGUUCCCGCCCUGGACAGGUACUGGGAACAGGUGCUUGCCUUGCUGUGGCCACAGUUUGAAUUGAUUCUGGAGAUGAAUGUCCAGAGUGUUCGAAGCACUGACCCUCAGCGUCUUGGGGGGCUGGAUACUCGGCCCCACUAUAUCACACGCCGGUAUGCAGAGUUCUCCUCCGCUCUUGUCAGCAUCAAUCAGACAAUUCCUAAUGAACGGACAAUGCAGCUGUUGGGGCAGCUACAGGUGGAAGUGGAGAAUUUUGUCCUCCGAGUGGCAGCUGAGUUCUCCUCAAGGAAGGAGCAGCUUGUAUUUCUGAUCAACAACUAUGACAUGAUGCUGGGUGUGCUGAUGGAGCGGGCUGCAGAUGACAGCAAAGAGGUUGAGAGUUUCCAGCAGCUGCUCAAUGCUCGGACACAGGAAUUCAUUGAAGAGUUGCUGUCUCCCCCUUUUGGGGGUCUGGUGGCAUUUGUGAAGGAGGCUGAGGCUUUGAUUGAGCGUGGACAGGCUGAGCGACUUCGAGGGGAAGAAGCCCGAGUUACUCAGCUGAUCCGUGGCUUUGGUAGUUCCUGGAAAUCAUCGGUGGAAUCUCUGAGUCAGGAUGUAAUGCGGAGUUUCACCAACUUCAGAAAUGGAACUAGUAUCAUUCAGGGAGCAUUGACCCAGCUGAUCCAGCUCUAUCAUCGCUUCCACCGGGUGCUGUCUCAGCCCCAGCUCCGAGCUCUUCCUGCCCGGGCUGAGCUCAUCAACAUUCACCACCUUAUGGUGGAGCUCAAGAAGCACAAGCCCAACUUCUGAUGUGCCAGACCCUGGGAUCCACCAGCCUUCUCCAAGGACUCUUCUACCCCAUCCCAUAGCCCUUUUUCACCUGGUGUCCCCUCUUUUCAGUUUUCCCCUUGCCUCCCAGGUCCUUGACAUGCUUCACCCUGCCUUCUUUCCCAAGAUCCCGCCUCAUCAGGGUAAGCUGGAUCCCCUUGGCUUGCUGAAUCUUCCAAUUAUCUUCAGGUUUCCCAGGACCACCUCCUCCUAGGCUUUCAAAACGAUGUUUUUCAUUUUCCCAGUUUUGUCACCCUCCCACCCCCGCCCCCCAAACAAAUAACAACAACAAAAACCAAGGCUCUUCUCUCUUCCUCCAGUAAAACCUUUACUGCCUAAUUCUCCAAUUCACUCAACUCUUGUCACCGUGUCCUGAGGUGUGAAGCCUCAGCUCUUGGAAUUGGUGGCAACGGAAAACUUUCUCCAAGUCAUUAUUUUUUUCACUCAAAAUGAUUUCUGUAGCUUUUUGACCUAAGAUCUCAGCAACUUGAACACUAACCAGUCCCCAUCCUGGCUUGAGAGAUAUUCCAAAGUCAGUCUGUAGAGAACAAUAAAUAUUUAAUAUGACAAUA